ACGCUUUGAGAAAUGUUUAAUACAGACUAGUGACAGUGACUACAUUUUUAUUGUAAAUUGAUGAUAUCACAAGUCAAAAGUUAUUAUUUAAUUUUUCUGCGACCAAAAAAUAAACAGUAAUUGAUUUUACAAGUUUACCGAAAACAAUGUAUUCGUGGCAAAUGUUUUUUAUUUAAAAAAUAUGUCCGAAGAGAACAAAACGACGAAUAAUAAAAUUGUUGAUUUCGAUCCUAUUUUGCCCGAUUCUGGGCUUCUUUUCUACGAAGAAUGUCCAUCUGAGUACGAAAUAGAACGGCCUAAAUUGUUGCCUUUGAAAUCUAAUACUCAAAUACGUUUCGAAAAGUUACAGCACGAAGCUGCGAACGUUUGGAGAGAACAACCAAGAACAGCUAAAAGUGGAAAAUUGAAGACAUCAAAUUAAAAUGGUUUACACGUUGUUCGUGGUCGAAAUAAUAUCGGCGUUCGUGCUCGCCGCGACGCUUUUGUACCGAUAUGGAGAUUGUUAUAGAAAUCACAUAUUGGUGACAGUAUCAGUGCUAACAGCAUGGUACUUUUCUUUUGUUAUUAUGUUCCUCUUGCCAUUGGACGUGACGUCGACCGUUUACCGUCAAUGUCUAGAAGAUAACUCCACAAUUGCAAUAGCAGAAAGAGCUGUAAUUAACAAUGUAUCAUCUACAACAACUCCGCCCAUUGUGCCAUGUCAGGAACCUUGGAGCUAUGUACAUAAGGAAGUUUUUACUAAUCUGUGGAGGGUUGUUUAUUGGACAUCACAAUGUCUGACUUGGUUAAUAAUGCCGAUGAUGCAGUCGUACAGUAAAGCAGGUGACUUUACAGUGAAAGGAAAACUAAAAUCUGCAUUAGUUGACAAUGCCAUAUACUAUGGCUCGUACCUACUGAUAUGUGGCAUUCUCCUCAUAUACAUUGCCUUGAAACCGGGUGUAUCAUUAGACGGUGCGAAAAUAAAAGCAAUAGCUUCAUCUGCAAGUAACACUUGGGGUCUAUUUUUAUUGAUUUUGUUACUAGGAUAUGCUUUAGUUGAAGUACCAAGAAAUUUAUGGAAUAACUCAAAAAAGAAUUAUACAUUGACAUACAGUUAUUUCAAAAUAGCAAAACUUAGUACUGACAAGUGCGAAGCUGAGGAAACUGUAGAUGACAUAUUAGAUAGUUUAAGUGCAAUAACGGCGGCCGUGGGUCCGGGGCAUCCUCUGCACCGCCACGUGGAGACCAUCGUGCAGAAGCUCCCUGUACAGCUGCGCGACCGGAUGACGUCACGCCCACCGCCCGAGCGCCCCGCCUCGCCCUCCCUCAAGUCUCUAGUCAAUUUGCAUAAAAAGACAAUCAAAGCGCUUCACGUCCUCCAACGGACGGAGACCCAGUGGGGCCUGUCACUGGAACGUAUAUUCCACCUGGAGGACGUGGCCUCCAACCAGCGCCUGCCAGACAGGAGAUUCCAACAUUUCUUUCCCACACCACGACCGAAACUACAGCGAAUAUUGUACCCGCCCAUUUUAGAAUGGUACUGGGAGUGCUUCCUCAAGCAAUAUUUCCUUAAGGGCAUGGCAAUAAUCACCGGCAUAAUGUCCGUGGCGGUGGUCUGGUCCGAAAUGACGUUCUUCUGCAAGAAACCAGUCCUGUCAGUGUUCGCUAACGUGGUCAUAGCAGCUGGAGAGACUUAUAACUAUGCAGCUAUUGUGACAAUAUCGACCGUAGUGAUAGCGUACAUGUUCUACUGCGCGUACUCCACGGUGCUGAAGAUCAGACUGCUGAACUUGUAUUACCUGGCGCCUCAUCAUCAGACUAACGAAUACAGUUUGAUAUUCUCCGGAAUGAUGGUCUGCAGGCUAACGCCGGCCAUGUGCUUGAACUUUCUAAGUCUGAUCCAUAUGGAUUCUCAUGUUAUUAAGGAAAGAGUCAUGGAAACUUCAUAUACACAGAUAAUGGGUCACAUGGACGUAUUGGGCAUCAUAGCGGAGGGCUUCAACAUUUACUUCCCCAUGUUGGUGGUGUUGCUGUGCCUGGCGACGUACCUGUCCCUCGGCAGCCGCGUCCUCACGCUGUGCGGCUUCCAGCAGUUCGUGGGGGACGAUGAGCUAACAACGGAUCUGGUGGAUGAAGGAAGGGAGAUCGUGAAGCGAGAAAAACGCAAGCGGCAACGCGCCGAGGAGUCCAUGAGCCGACGACGCGACUACAGCGAGAGGUUCACGAAGUACCGCACCAACAGGGACACCAAUGAUGGAGCCCGCACUGGGCUGCUGCACGACGUGGACACAGAGUACUACGCGGGGCCGGACCGCAGCAGCGCCGCCGUGCCGGACUACGAGCGCGCGGAGAUGCCCUACAACCGCUCCGACUUGACGCUGGAAGACGAGAUCGAGCAUCGGUUCGGGGACAGCGCCCUGCCGACUGUGCGAACCGAGUACGACGGUAGGCGGGAUAAAAUGACAAUGCCUCCCAGGGGCUUGUUUGACGAUGUUUAAGUGCAAUAUAAAGCGCCCUGUAAACGAUCAAAUUAUUUGUAGGCAGCGGCUUGGCUCUGCCCCUGGCAUUGCUGAAGUCCAUGGGCGACGGUAACCACUCACCAUUAGGUGGGCCGUAUGAUCGUCUGCCUAAAAGCAGGCAAUAAAAAAAAAACAGUGCAGCUUUGUUUGUGUUUGACGAGUUUUAUGGAAAUCUUGAUUGACGGCGUGUUCGACAAACAAGUUUGAACGUGUAUAGGGGUGUUUGUCAAACAAGAUCUCAGAUUCCUCAACACGACGCCUUGUUACGGCAAGGAGACAACUGAAUCUACGGGCAAGUUAACAAACUCGUUUGAUCUUUGGUUUGAUCGUUUAUAGGGCGCUUUAGUGUUACACAAAAUAAAUAUUGCAUCAGUACGGACAGAAGUAAAACUUCCUGGACAGAGAAGGAGCUGUUUUCCGUCCUUUUCGUGACAGAAAUCUGGCACUCUAAUUUAUCUUUGGUUACGUAAUCACGUCGCGCUUAAUGUCGCUUCAAAAUAGGGAUGUGGGUUGUUGCUAAAACGGUCGAAUCGAUUGUCCCGGUUAUUCGAUAUCGAUAUACAUCGACGUUGGUUGAUUGUUACCGAGUUUAAGGAAAAUCGUUUUUUUUUUGCGAAUAAAAAAAAAUAUCGACAAUGUUUUACUUAGUGUUAGCCCCUUCCGUUGGUUAGCUUCAAGUAUUUCGUUUUAUGGUAAAGCGAGAUUUAGUAAAAUAUGGUGUGACGGUUUCGUUUUUCUCAAAACAGUUUUUUUCAUAAACGUGAAUUAAAUUAUUUUAUCUAAUAAUUACCGGAGUGAUAAAACAGACUUCGCUUUUCUAAAUAUAUAACCUUCAUAUUUGUUAGUGCAUCAACUAGGUCGUCUAUAAAAUACGUACAAAUAGAAGGGCGAGUUAAGAAAACUGAAUAGAAAACCAUGCAGCUCAUAGAACUAUAGAUAUAAAUAAAUAAUAUUUAUGUUCGUUAUUCAAAGUCCCGUCCUAGCGAAACCGCAAAACAAACCCUCAAGUACAUAUUUAUUCAAACUAAUAUUGAUAUAAAUCAUUAAACUAUGAACUUUCUAUUAUUUGUCGUAAGGGCUUAUUUGUGGGAAUAUGUGUAGUUAUACUGACGUAAUAUUUGUUAGGGGGUCAAAGCGAGGGUAGUCUAAUGUCAAGUCCAUGUUUCUCGUGACGUGUUUUAUGAACGACCCUUUGCGUCGAUAACGAGGCUUGUGGAGAGUAUUAAGCUUGUGAAGAUGUCCACAGCAGCUUCGAUCGACAGUAUUUACUUCCAAAGAUCUUUCAGACUUUAUUCAUGUAGUACGCAGCGGCUUGGCUCUGCCCCUGGCAUUGCUGAAGUCCAUGGGCGACGGUAACCACUCACCAUCAGAUGGGCCGUGUGCUCGUCUGCCUACAAGGGCAAUAAAAAAUAAAUAAAAAAAUAGCAAAAAAAGGUUUCGCACUGGGAAUUUCAGCGUGGUGCCUGAAAUUCAAUUUGUUUUUUAAUAAAAUAAUUGUUAUUAUACUAAAGAUAGAAUAAAAAAAAAAAAAAAAAAAAACAAGUUUAGCUCAUUAUGUAAGAGAAGCAGUAAGGAAGAAUUAGAAUAAGCUAUGUGUAGAUAUAUAUUAGAAUAGCUCUGUAUCAUAAAUGUAAAAUUUUGUAUUUAUUUAACAUUAUAAUAACUGAAUGAGCAAAAAUUAUAUUCUAUAAGUGUUAUGUGAUAUGAGUUUUUUGUGUACAAAAUGUAUGUUAUGUCUAUAUUUCAUUGUAAAUGUAGAUUAUUAAUUUAAGUUUAUUUAAUUAUAAAAUACCCUUAUUUAUGGUGAGAAUUAAGAGUUAUUUAUUAAAUAUGAACAAAUAUGAGGCGAUUUGGGAUUUAGUGAUUUUGGCCGCAACUCGUCAGCCUUAGAGUCGGCUGUCGUUUUAGUCAUUAUGAAUGACAUUUUUAGAGUUCGAUACAUCAGGUGACUAGUUAUUUGUAUCCAUCCCACAUGGGUUUGACAAGAUUAAAAAAAUAACAUAUUUAAUUAUUAUUAUAACGCCUUCGAAUAAUGUUUCAUUUUCAAACUAUAUUAAUCUACAAAAAAUAUUAAUUUAUUAUAUGCGCCGAUAAUACAAUACGUAUAUGUGUUUGUAACUUGUGAUUAUGUUUACUUUUUCAAAAAUCGCUUAAUUUACUGAUCCGAAUGUAUUUUUUUAAGUUUCUUGUAGUGUCUACUAAAAUCUUUGGAUAGAUUAUUUCAUUAAAUCUUACUCUGAAUAUGGUCGCAUAGAUUACUUACAAUAAUACAUUACUAACUACAAUUAUUAAUGACCAAUUUGAAAAUUUGAAAAUUUACCAUUAUUUAUUGUUUAUUCUACACUUAUAAUAUCGGGAUAUUGUAAACAAUAAUAAUUAUUAUUGUUAAUCCUAAUCUAAAAAAAACCUAUAGGGAGUAUAUUCCAAUAGUUUUUUUGUUCAGCAACUUGUUCUUGAAAACCGAUUCAACUAAACGAUCGGAAAAGAAUUAUAUUUAUAAAACUGUUUAAGUGACAGCUCAAGGAUUAAACAGUUAGGAGGACGCACGCGGCCCUCCCUCAUCCGCAACUGUUCUAUGCGUUCAUUGCGAAUUCACAAAAUUUUAAAUCUAAACAAAGUAUAGAUUAGGCUUGAAAAUACGUAAAUACACAAUUUACAUGAUACAAUAUAUUAUUCAAAUGUGCAUAAAUACAGUCAAAACCGUUUACUGCGACAUCGUUUAGAACAACAUACCGGUUAUAAUAACCAAGAACAAAGGUCCCGGCUGAAUGCCAUAUGACCGCCUUAUUAAAAAUAUUGCUUUCUACGACAUUGGUAAUAACGACAUACCUCAUAAAACGACCACAUUUAACUAAUAUUUCGGAGAAUUAGAUCUGUUAGAACGACCGGCUAAGCUGUAUUGUAAACAAUAGGUAUCCACAUUUGUCUUCAAUGGCUUUUAAAAUCAAGAAAGAAAACAAUAGGAUUUAGUUUAGUGUAGGGUCUUUUCUAAUUCUUAGAAACAAAACACGUGCAUGCGGUAGUCAAAGCCCGCUUCUUCAUAUCUCUUCAGUUAGUUUGUUACUUAUCUAUACACAAGACGCACCAAAACUUUGUGGAGUUAUUCGUGAAACUUUCAAAAUGUCGCAAAGAAAAAGAAAACAAAUUAAUAUUGAAGAAAAAUCGCGUAUUAUGUAAAUAUAUUUUUCCAAUAAUUCCCUAUCGAUUUGUUUGUACUUGCACGAUACACAUUAAACAUCACCGGUUGUUACGACUAUCGGUUUUUACGACUGAAUAUGAGCAGUCCCUUCGAUGUCGUUAUAACAGAUUUUGACUGUAGUCAAUUUUUAUGAGUCGUGCGUGGUAUGUUUAUACAUAUAUAGCUUCAUAAAGAUUAGUACAGGCAAACGCAGAGAUAAAUAAAUCUGCGUUAUUUUCGACGUAAGCGUGUAUGAAGACCGCUGUGAAAACUCCAAAAUCGAUUGAUUAAAACACACACUCUAAAUUGUAUUCACGUUUAUUUGGCUAGAGAUUAAUACACGUUUACAAUUUAUAUGUAGACAUAGUUUUCAUUCUGGUAUCUAUUUUCUAUGCAUUUUAAUUUUCUUAUUCAAAUGUAGUUGUUUCUCGUUCCACUGUUAAUUAUUAUUAGCUGAAUGAUGAUGGCGAUUAUUUGAAAUUCAUGGCAACUAGGUUAUUUCUUAAACAAUCACUUAACUUCUUAAAAGUAAUUAUUUUAUUACUUACUAGAGUUUAUGAAUAGAUUUUAAACAUUACCAUAAAGUUUGUGCAAUGUUUUUAAGAGAUGUAAUGUAAAAAAAACAAUGUUUUGUAAAUUUAGUUAAUCAUAUUAUACGAAUUGUUUUUCACUAAAAUUUGUUGUGCUUUGGCACGUUUGUUUCAUUCCAUAGGUUUAUUUAAUAAAUGCUGAUGUGAAUAUGUUAAUAUUAUAA